AUGCAGUUCAUCACCGUUAUCAUUGCUACUCUGGCCGCCGUUGCCACUGCUACCCCUUCUCCCGAUGCAUUUGAGAAGCGCACAUGUGUUGGUAACUACAAGGUUGCCUGCCAGCCCAGUGGCCCCUCUUGCUGCGACGGCUGGCGAUGCGUUGGUGCCACUGAGUGGAACGAUGGUGUCUGUAUCCCCAACUACUAG